AUGAUUGCUAUUUGCUUGCAGUGCUCUCCCCCUCCGGCCUCGGCUCAUGGAAUAUGUGAAUGCGGCCUGGCCGGGCCCAAUCCAGACCAUGAUGAUGGAGGGAGGUCAGGUCUUGGUCUUGUUUCUGAGGAUGUUUUUCUGUCUCUGAUGAACGCUCUUUCCGAAGCAUCCCUCAAUGAAGUCCGUAGUGAUCAAAUGCUGCUUGUUUCUAGAUAUGCGCACUCAAGAGCUUGUGGGACUCUAAAUUUUAAAAUCGUCAACCAAGGCCCUGAACACCAUGGGUUCGGCUGGUAUGACAGCUUAACAGACUCUACACCUGUUCAUUUGGCUGAAAAGCUGCUUAUUAAUCUUCAGGAAACUACGGGGAUGCCCUGGUGGCUGAAUAUUGUUUGCACUACUAUAGUAUUAAGGUCAGCAGUCACUCUUCCUUUGUUGUGUAUCAGGAUGUACAUAAUAUCUAAUGGUGACUAGGUGGAAAAUUUGCAGACUGAAAUAGACAGCUUAGCAAAACAACUCCGCUAUGAAGUGGCUGUUUAUGGAAAGCAACAUGGCUGGUCUGAUAAAGUUGCUAAAUUUUAUUUCAGGAAGAACCUGCAACGAAUUAUCUCAGGGCUGUAUGUGAGAGACAAUUGUCAUCCAUUUAAAGCCAGUCUACUAAUCUGGAUCCAGAUCCCUAUGUGGGUCUUUGUUUCCAUUGCUCUGCGGAAUUUAAGUUUAUAUGGGGCAGGUUCCAGUUCAGGUGAGGCUGUGCACAACCAUCUGGCAGAAGGCGGAACACUCUGGUUUCCUGAUCUUACAAUGCCAGAUUCUACCUGGAUACUUCCCAUUUCAUUAGGGAUCCUCAACUUGCUGAUCGUAGAGAUUUUUGCUUUGCGGAAAGUAGAACUGUCAAGAUUUCAGAAGAUUAUAACCAAUUUUAUUCGAGGAAUCUCUGUAUUAAUGAUUCCAAUUGCUGCUAGUGUACCUUCGUCCAUGGCACUUUACUGGUUCUCAUCUAGCUGUGUGGGUCUGGCACACAAUCUGCUUCUUCGAUCUCCAACCCUUCGCCGUCUGUGCCACAUACCAAGGACCAAGUCUGAUUCGGAUACUCCCUUCAAGGACAUAAUAUCUUCAUUUAUAAUGAAAUACUUCAAAAAGAAAUAAAAAAAAUUUGUAUGUGA